AUGGGGUCUACCGAAUUUGGAAAUUUUCAUGACUUCUGCAGAGAUUCGACUCUCCCAGUCUGUAAUCUUCUAUCCCAGAACCACGAUCAGAAUGGCAAUUGGGGAGGUUGCGAGCUCACGGGUAUCUCCCUGAGCGGAGGACGACAUCUUGGAAAUUUAGGAUCAAUCCUCCUCGCCGGAGCUGCCAUUGCUACUGCCGUCUUUCUCCUGUUGCGAUCCGAGAAGAAGCGGGCUGCCGUUGGUCGACGGGAGAUGCAAAUGUUUCUCAUCGGCUACAUCAUCAUCAGUAUAUGCGAGAUCUUUUCAGUAGGAGAGUUUCCACUGAAUAGCACCGUGAGAAUUGCUUUCUCUGCUAUCCAUAUUGGCAUGAUUAUUGCCACAUGUUGGAUUUUAAUGCUUAAUGCCGUUGUUGGAUACCAGAUCAUCGACGAUGGAACGCCACUCUCGAUCGCUCUAAUUGCCAUCUCGGCUCUUCUGUUGCUUAUUGGAACUGGCUAUAUCGCCCUCGACACUGGUUUCUCGUGGACUGGUUACUGGGACGAUAGCUACGAUGCUCCCAGGAACCGAAACAUCGCCCUCUACGUCCUUUACCAACUUGUCCCUCUAAUCCUCCUCGUCGCCUUCCUUGUUCUUGAGGCUAUCCUAGUAAUUCGAAUUUUGGGCGAGACACGUCCUAUGAUUUAUCUUGCCGCCGCAGCUCUUCUUUUCGCCAUCGGUCAGGUCUUCAACUACGCGAUCAGCAAGUAUAUCUGCGACGGUACGAGUGGAAAGAUCGACGGCGCCCUUUUCCAGACGCUCUUCACCCUGUUAUCCGUUAUCAUGGUCUGGGUUUUCUGGUCCAGUAUUACUGAGGACGACUGGCCCAUGCCGGUCACCAACACCUACCCCUGA